AUGACUGUCGAAACGAACGGCGUCCACAAGUCUGUGCCAUCGGCUUUGCCUUUGGUGCAGAAGCUAUCCAAGGACCAUGACUUGGUGCUCAAGACCUUCCGUCUGCUCAUUGCGGACUUGUGCCAGCAAUUCAGCGGUGGUCACCCUGGUGGUGCCAUUGGCAUGGCUGCGAUUGGCGUGUCUCUGUGGAAGUAUGUGAUGCGCUACGCUCCACACUCCCCAGACUUUUUCAACCGCGAUCGCUUUGUUCUCUCGAACGGACACACCUGCCUUUUCCAAUACAGCUUCCUGCACCUCACUGGCUACAAGGCCAUGACCUUCGACCAGCUUAAGUCCUACCACUCCGACCGCGUGGAUGCGCUGUGCCCUGGCCACCCCGAGAUUGAGCACGAGGGAAUCGAAGUCACAACCGGCCCUCUAGGCCAAGGUAUCGCCAAUGCCGUCGGUCUUGCUAUGGCCACGAAGAACCUGGCCGCAACCUACAACCGCCCUGGCUACGACGUAGUCAACAACCACACCUGGUGCAUGAUCGGCGAUGCUUGUCUGCAGGAGGGUGUCGGCCUCGAGGCCAUCUCCUUGGCCGGUCACCUGCGUCUCAACAACCUCACCGUCAUCUACGAUAACAACCAGAUCACUUGCGACGGGUCUGUCGACCUGACCAACACCGAGGACGUCAAUGCGAAGAUGCGUGCCUGUGGUUGGGACGUGAUUGAUGUCGAGGAUGGAUGUUUCGAUAUUGAAGGAAUUGUUCGUGCUUUGGAGCAGGCUCGCGCUGCACAGGACAAACCCACUUUCAUCAACGUCCGUACUGUUAUCGGUCUUGACAGCCAUGUGGCCGGUACUGCUGUUGCCCACGGUGCUGCCUUCGGUACCAAGAGCGUGGCUGACAUGAAGGCUCUCUACGGCUUCAACCCCGAGGAGCACUUUGUCAUCGGUGAGACCGUCCGCCAGUUCUUCCAGGGCCUCCCCGCUCGUGGUGAGCAAUUGGUUCAAGAGUGGGACCAGCUGGUAGCCGAUUACACUACCCAGUUCCCUGAGCUUGGUGCUGAAUUCCAGGCUCGUGUCAAGGGCGAGUUGCCGGCAGACUGGGAGAAGUACAUCCCCGAGAGCUUCCCUGAGAAGCCUACCGCGACCCGUGCUUCUUCUGGUCUUGUCUUCAACCCCAUUGCCAAGGAGUGCAAGAACUUCAUGGUCGGAACUGCUGAUCUCUCCCCAUCCGUCAACAUGAUCUGGCCUGGCAAGGUUGACUUCCAGCAUCCCGACUUGAAGACCACCUGUGGUAUCAACGGAAACUACUCCGGUCGCUAUAUCCACUACGGUGUCCGUGAGCAUGCCAUGUGUGCCGUUUCCAACGGCAUGGCCGCAUACGCCCCCAACACUAUCAUUCCAGUCACCUCCUCGUUCUUCAUGUUCUAUCUGUACGCCGCUCCAGCCGUGCGCAUGGGCGCUCUGCAACACCUCCAAGUCAUCCAUGCCGCUACUCACGAUUCUAUUGGUAUGGGAGAGGACGGCCCUACUCACCAGCCUAUCGAACUUGCCGCAUUGUAUCGCGCGAUGCCCAACCUCCUGUAUAUCCGUCCUGGUGACAGCGAGGAGACGGCUGGUGCAUGGAUCGCAGCCAUCGGGGCUAAGAAGACAUCCUCCAUCAUUUCCACCUCCCGUCAAACCCUGCCUCAACUGCCCCAGACUCGCCGUGAUGGUGUCGCCCACGGUGCCUACGUUCUUUCCGAGGAUGAGUCUGCGACCGUGACUCUGAUCGGUGUCGGCGCUGAGCUUUCCUUCGCCUUGGAGGUUGCGGAGAAGCUCAAGGCCGAGAAGGGUAUCACAGCCCGUGUGGUCAGUUUCCCCUGCCAGCGUCUCUUCGAGCAGCAGUCGCUCGAGUACAAGCGCGAUACUCUCCGUCGGCACCGCGGAAUUCCUGCUGUCGUCAUUGAGCCAUACGCCCCCAACGGCUGGGAGCGCUACGCCGAUGCUGGUAUCUGCAUCAAGCGCUUCGGCCACAGUCUUCCUGGCAAGGCAGCUUAUAAGUACUUCGGCUAUGAUAUUGAUACCUUGACGAGCAAGGUGGCGGGCUACCUUGACCAGUUGAAGGGUGAUGAGUUGCUCCGCACUGAGUUUGUUGAGCUAUAA